AUGACCCGACAUAAGGUCAGAAAGACGUUUGUGGGAACGCCCUGUUGGAUGGCACCAGAGGUCAUGGAACAGGUUCUUUCCAACCAUCAACUUCAGGACCAUGAAGAGCUCCUCGUUAGAGAUGAACCCAUCACCAUCAACGUCAUAGAUCCUGAAGGCAACUGUGGAGACACCAUCAACGUCAUAGAUCCUGAAGGAGACACCAUCAACGUCAUAGAUCCUGAAGGCAACUGUGGAGACACCAUCAACGCCAUAGAUCCUGAAGGAGACACCAUCAACGUCAUAGAUCCUGAAGGCAACUAUCCUGAAGGAGACACCAUCAACGUCAUAGAUCCUGAAGGCAACUGUGGAGACACCAUCAACGUCAUAGAUUCUGAAGGCAACUGUGGAGACACCGUCAACGUCAUAGAUCCUGAAGGCAACUGUGGAGACACCAUCAACGUCAUAGAUCCUGAAGGCAACUGUGGAGACACCAUCAACGUCAUAGAUCCUGAAGGCAACUGUGGAGACACCAUCAACGUCAUAGAUCCUGAAGGAGACACCAUCAACGUCAUAGAUCCUGAAGGCAACUGUGGAGACACCAUCAACGUCAUAGAUCCUGAAGGAGACACCAUCAACGUCAUAGAUCCUGAAGGCAACUGUGGAGACACCAUCAACGUCAUAGAUCCUGAAGGAGACACCAUCAACGUCAUAGAUCCUGAAGGCAACUGUGGAGACACCAUCAACGUCAUAGAUCCUGAAGGCAACUGUGGAGACACCAUCAACGUCAUAGAUCCUGAAGGCAACUGUGGAGACACCAUCAACGUCAUAGAUCCUGAAGGCAACUGUGGAGACACCAUCAACGUCAUAGAUCCUGAAGGACACUGCAACUGUGGAGACACCAUCAACGCCAUAGAUCCUGAAGGAGACACCAUCAACGUCAUAGAUCCUGAAGGCAACUGUGGAGACACCAUCAACGUCAUAGAUCCUGAAGGACACUGUGGAGACACCAUCAACGUCACAGAUCCUGAAGGAGACACCAUCAACGUCAUAGAUCCUGAAGGAGACACCAUCAACGUCAUUGAUCCUGAAGGCAACUGUGGAGACACCAUCAACGUCAUAGAUCCUGAAGGAGACACCAUCAACGUCAUAGAUCCUGAAGGCAACUGUGGAGACACCAUCAACGUCAUAGAUCCUGAAGGGGACACCAUCAACGUCAUAGAUCCUGAAGGCAACAGUGGAGACACCAUCAACGUCAUAGAUCCUGAAGGAGACACCAUCAACGUCAUUGAUCCUGAAUGCAACUGUGGAGACACCAUCAACGUCAUAGAUCCUGAAGGAGACACCAUCAACGUCAUAGAUCCUGAAGGCAACUGUGGAGACACCAUCAACGUCAUAGAUCCUGAAGGAGACACCAUCAACGUCAAUGAUCCUGAAGGCAACUGUGGAGACACCAUCAACGUCAUAGAUCCUGAAGGAGACACCAUCAACGUCAUAGAUCCUGAAGGCAACUGUGGAGACACCAUCAACGUCAUAGAUCCUGAAGGAGACACCAUCAACGUCAUAGAUCCUGAAGGAGACACCAUCAACGUCAUAGAUCCUGAAGGCAACUGUGGAGACACCAUCAACGUCAUAGAUCCUGAAGGAGACACCAUCAACGUCAUUGAUCCUGAAUGCAACUGUGGAGACACCAUCAACGUCAUAGAUCCUGAAGGAGACACCAUCAACGUCAUAGACCCUGAAGGCAACUGUGGAGACACCAUCAACGUCAUAGAUCCUGAAGGAGACACCAUCAACGUCAAUGAUCCUGAAGGCAACUGUGGAGACACCAUCAACGUCAUAGAUCCUGAAGGAGGCACCAUCAACGUCAUUGAUCCUGAAGGCAACUGUGGAGACACCAUCAACAUCCUGAAGGACACUGUGGAGACACCAUCAACGUCAUAG